UUGAAUAAAACGAGUUCAGCUCAGUCAUUUCGUCACGCAUUCGGUUACUCUCUCUUUCGCGUCUUCAUUUCGUGCGGCGCCUAAAACCCUUUCCGGAUCAGUGAAUCGGAGCCUCGCCGCCGGCGAGAUUUCCGAGGCUGUUCAGUCGCCAAUCGACCACCGAGGCAGCGACGACGAUGAAGAUUUUCGUGAAGACUCUCAAAGGAUCACACUUCGAAAUUGAAGUGAAUCCCUCCGAUACGGUUUCUGAAGUGAAGAAAAAUAUCGAAACUGUUCAGGGUGCAGAUGUCUAUCCUGCUGCACAGCAAAUGCUUAUUCAUCAAGGAAAAGUUCUCAAGGAUGGUACUAGUUUGGAGGAAAAUAAAGUAGCUGAAAAUAGUUUUAUUGUAAUUAUGCUGUCAAAGACAAAGAGCUCAUCUGGUGAAGGAUCUACCACUUCAACUGCACCUUUAGCCAAGGUUACGCAGACAAGUGCAGCUCCUACUUCAACCUCUGUGUCACCUGCUCCUCAAACACCUACUGCAACUAGGGAUAUGCCUACACCUGUUACUGUCCCAGCAGCUGCCCCUGCUCCAACUCCAGCUCCAGCUCUGGCGCCUACUCCUAUAUCUUCAGGCUCUGCUGUGUCAGUGUCUGAUGUGUAUGGGGAGGCUGCAUCCAAUCUUGUUGCUGGAAGCAACUUGGAAGGAAUGAUUCAACAAAUCCUUGACAUGGGUGGAGGAAGCUGGGAUCGGGAUACUGUUGUCCGUGCUCUUCGUGCUGCUUUCAACAAUCCUGAAAGAGCUGUUGACUACUUGUAUUCAGGCAUACCUGAGCAAGCUGAAGCUCCACCUGUUACUCAAAUGCCUGCAAGUGCUCAACCUGGAAAUCCCCCAGCUGCUGCUCCACAACUAGCAAAUGUUCCUUCUAGUGGACCAAAUGCCAAUCCUUUAGACCUCUUUCCCCAGGGCCUUCCUAAUGUCGGUUCUGGCCCUGCUGGCGCUGGCUCUUUAGAUUUUCUACGCAACAGUCAACAGUUCCAAGCCUUGCGCGCUAUGGUGCAGGCUAAUCCACAAAUCUUGCAGCCUAUGCUACAAGAACUUGGCAAACAAAAUCCCCAUCUUAUGAGAUUGAUUCAAGAUCAUCAAGUUGAUUUCCUUCGCCUGAUAAAUGAACCUGUGGAAGGCGGUGAAGGGAAUAUUCUAGGACAGCUGGCUGGUGCCGCCAUGCCACAAGCAGUGUCUGUGACCCCUGAGGAAAGGGAAGCAAUUGAACGUCUUGAAGCAAUGGGUUUUGAUCGUGCAACUGUCUUGGAGGUGUACUUCGCCUGUAACAAAAAUGAGGAACUUGCUGCCAACUACCUUCUGGAUCAUAUGCAUGAGUUUGAUGAACAAUAAAUCUUAACAUGUUGUCAAAAUAUUUCUUGUUAUGUUUCCAUUUGAUGAGUCUUUAUUGUGUAAUGUGGUAAUGUACGAUAAUGACAAAUCUCCAAUGGACAGUAAUGUUUUAACCA